CUCCUCGGCUGCCUGUGGCCCGCGCCCCCCGGCCCCGCCAUGUCGCUGCACGGGAAGCGGAAGGAGAUCUACAAGUACGAGGCGCCCUGGACCGUGUACGCCAUGAACUGGAGCGUCCGGCCCGACAAGCGCUUCCGCCUGGCGCUCGGCAGCUUCGUGGAGGAGUACAACAACAAGGUCCAGCUUGUUGGUUUAGAUGAGGAGAGCUCAGAGUUCAUUUGCAGGAACACCUUUGAUCACCCCUAUCCUACUACAAAGCUCAUGUGGAUUCCUGAUACCAAGGGAGUAUAUCCAGAUCUGUUGGCAACCAGUGGUGAUUACUUGCGUGUGUGGAGAGUGGGUGAAACUGAGACCCGACUGGAGUGCUUGCUGAACAAUAAUAAGAACUCUGAUUUUUGUGCCCCGUUAACGUCGUUUGAUUGGAAUGAAGUGGAUCCUUAUCUUCUAGGUACCUCUAGUAUUGACACAACCUGUACUAUCUGGGGUCUGGAGACUGGGCAGGUAUUGGGAAGAGUAAAUCUGGUAUCAGGCCAUGUCAAGACCCAGCUUAUUGCACAUGACAAAGAGGUAUAUGACAUUGCAUUUAGCCGCGCGGGUGGCGGGAGAGACAUGUUUGCGUCAGUUGGCGCAGAUGGUUCAGUGCGGAUGUUUGACCUUCGUCAUCUGGAGCACAGCACCAUUAUCUAUGAGGAUCCACAGCACCAUCCGCUGCUGCGUCUCUGCUGGAACAAGCAGGAUCCCAACUAUCUUGCAACAAUGGCCAUGGAUGGUAUGGAGGUGGUGAUUCUAGAUGUCAGAGUUCCCUGCACACCCGUUGCCAGGUUAAACAACCACAGAGCAUGUGUGAAUGGCAUUGCCUGGGCACCUCACUCUUCCUGCCAUAUCUGUACAGCAGCGGAUGACCAUCAGGCUCUCAUCUGGGAUAUCCAGCAAAUGCCUCGUGCCAUUGAGGACCCAAUCUUGGCCUACACAGCAGAAGGGGAAAUCAACAAUGUACAGUGGGCAUCGACUCAGCCGGACUGGAUAGCUAUCUGCUACAACAACUGUCUGGAGAUCUUGAGAGUCUAACACUAUUGGUCUGUGCCAAACUGAGGCAGGGCUUUAUAACUUCCCCUCCCCUCUAAAGUAAGAACAAACAUGUUUCAAGUGGCCAGUAUCUUUUGUUGCUUUGCAUCUACUGUUCCAAGAAACUGUUACAGGAGUUAAUGGCAGGUGUCGGCUGUCCCUACAAGACUCAGAAAAUGAAGGGACGCACCCAGCCUCUUGGACCUUCUGGGUUUGAUUUUAAUAUUUUUCUCAAUUAAAAAGUUCUGUAUAUCUGUUUGUUGACUGUUAAUGAGCAUUACAGGCUUUAAAUGACUGUUUUAAGUUGCUGCAUAUAUCCAUGUGUUUGUCAGCCAGCUGAGGCAGCACAUCCAAUUAGUUUGAUAGAUGUAAGUGCAAAACUAGGUGGAAAGAAAAGACAUUAAUAUUAACCACCGCCUUUGCAGGAAUUUUUAAUCAUUCCUGUUACUGUCCCUAAACCGUUUGAACGUUUGUAUGUUUUUAUAUAUUGGACUAAGUUUCUGUUAAGUAGGCUCUUCACCCCAGUUCUUAUUUUUGAUAUGUGAUCCAUGUCCAUAAGCCCCAAGCAGGAUCUGUUGAUGAUGAUGGGUCAUAAGCAUCAUUGUAGGCUUCCUAGCAGUAAAACGGUUGCUGUAGCUGUUGCCUUGGCUGUGUGCCCCUGACCACACCUGGUGCUGUGAAGUACCAUGACUUGUCGCACAGUUCUUUCAUUUUAACUGACGCUAGAGGCAGUUGUUACUGUGGUGGCCUUAAGUUAGAUUAUAACUGAAUUGAGUCUCCCACAGCUAUAUUACUUAACUGAAUGGUGACAAGAUUCACAAGAAGAAGAUGCUAGCAUGACUAGAGCUAUUUUUGAAAACAUUUAAUAAAAAAUGUGACUUGUAAUGCGUUUUGGAUAGACACUUCCAAUCAAACGAUUCCUCUAGAAAGCUUCCUAUCUGAGCCAAACUAAAAUGGUUUCACACUUUCUAGCUUACUUGAUUGGCAACUGUAAUUCUAAGCAAAAUUCUGUAUCUAACCUAUACCUUGGAGUUUCUUUUGCAUUUGGCUCGUCUUCCUGGGAGUUCUAGAAGGUGGACAAGUGAAGAGCUAGCUUUCCUUCCUAAGAGCAAGGAGAGAAGCAUUAGCAUUGUACUGUCAGAUCUUGUUGGAUGAAUGUGAUCGAAGCAGUUAGAACAGGUGGUCUGCUGUCCAAAGGCAAGUCAUGCCCCUGUGAAGGAAAGUUUCCUGAGGUAACAUAUAGGGCUGGGUCUAAAUACAAAGAAGUUGCCCAACGUGUGUCUCAAGUGGAGACCUUGUUUUGGCUCUAGCUGUCAUUCUUACAUACUGCAACUCUUGUAAGAGGAGGAGGAGAGGUAUGGUGUGAGGGCAGCCUUCUGUUUUCGUCCAAGUUCCCUUUCUGAAGUGGAAAGGAAAAGGAGAGCGAGGCCGGCCCUCUGUCACCAUGAUGCUUUAUGCGGAGGGAUAGCAAAAUUCUUUGUCAUUUGAACAUGGCAGGUAGUUUGAAUGUUGUCAUUUUUCUUGUUUUGAUCAGCCAACUGCAAUACCCUUCAAAUGAGAAGGUGACAAACUGAACAGCGCACUGUGGUGAGGUCUAACCAUCACCUUGUUCUGUAACAAUAGACUGAGCUGAUGAGGUCAAGAUCCAGAUCAGCUGACCCUGACUCAUUACCUUGAGAGACAAUCUUGAUAUUGACUGAAAACCAAAGGCAGCAUUAUACAUAAAAGGCAACAUUUAAGUAAUUUUUCUAAGAAUGUUAGGCUUCCAGUUUGAAGUAGCUUCAGUUGUAUACACUGUCUUUCCCACGUCCCCAGUCAACUCUCCUGCAACCACAGGUUUCUAUUUUAAAUGCUCUGUCCCUCUUGUUCUGAGACCCAGACAAACAGCGAAGACUAGCUACACGGAGUCAAUGAAACUAAAUGUUCAGCCUGCUGUCAAGUGCGGAUUAAAAUUGAAAAACAGAUGUCUCCUUUUUUCAAUUAUAAUCUUAGAUGUUUCUGGUAACAAGCAAAACUUACCCUUCAGGUGACUUUUUAAAAAAAAAAAUAAAAAAAAA